CUAGUAAUACAAACCAAAGUGAUCAUUAUACCAUACAAGAUAUGUAUCAAGCUCUUCAACAAAAGGUGCUUGAGAGUAACAUUGAGGCUGAAACUGUUUCAAAAGUAUCUACUAUUCAAAGUUGA